AUGACCACAGCGACGUUACGACUCAGCUUCCCGCAUCGCGCGCGUGCUUUCGAUGCGCUUCAGAUCGCGUCAAAUUAUCCGGCACUCCGUAGCGCGCGAGGCAGAACGGCGGAUGCUGGCGCGGAUGAGUCCACAGACGCCUUCAGUACUGGGAAUCUGCAUCCGAACAAUGUCAAUCGAGACAGCAAUGGCGAGUUCAGAACAGCGGACUUCAACGAUGCAAUAGGACAGUCCUCUGUCAAUGCAUGGGCGUGGAAUAGCAACGUCGACAACAACUUGCUCGCUUCUGACCCAUUCGACAUGCCUGGACUGAGUCUGUCAGACGUGAACUGGUUAUCGCCCCAAUACUCAGGCCCCAUUGACCUGGAUGCGCUACUCGCAAACUUCGGAGGCCAAGCUAAUGGCACCGUGGAGCAAUGGACUUGUUCCAUCGCGCCAACAACACCCUCAAUACCUGCGAUCACCACAACAUCACACUCAUCAGAUCCAAAUAGGACCAUACCUGAUACAGACCAGCAAUCAAAGGAUACUGCCUCCGUAAUAUCUACAUCGACGUCGGAAAACAGAUACUACGUCGAUGGGGCAGGUGCCAGAGCCCCGUUCGGUGGCAGAUCGCAACACUCGAUUUGCUCAGAAGAAACCAUCGACUUGCAAGAUGCGGAAGAUAAUGAUGCUUCUGCAUCGCUUGAUACCUCUGACGAAGACAAAUUAUGUCCACCAGCAGCCUAUCAAUCUCUGCUGGAAGGCAUUGCUGCUGAAAGCCGCGAUAGCCCAGUCGAUUUGAGCGCUUCGAACUUUCCCACAUAUGAGCAAGUCGUAAUCUCUGUUCGCCAGUACUUUGACCAUUUCCACCCAGUCUUCCCCUUCCUGCGGCCGUCUUCCUUCGCCCAAGAUGCUUCUAGGAGCUGGCUCCUGCUAAUCGCCGUUUUUGUUAUCGGCUCAAAGUACUCACGGCUAUCGCAGAAUUCCCAAACAAGCGAAUCUCUAUUUGGUCUGCUGAGUACUAUUCUCACCCGAAGCAAGUAUGGACUAGACCCGCAAGGUUCGGCAGGUAACGAUGACGUCGAUUACAGCCCGAGCUGUUCCCAGUUCGUUGCCCGCCCAGAUCUACGGAUUCUACAAGCUGGCAUCCUGAAUAUCGCUUGCAUGCUGCAUUCGGGUAGGAAAAUUCUGGUAGAACGUGCCCAUGUAGAACGACACUAUCUAGUAGAGGGCUGCCACACACUCCGUCUACUUGUUCAGACGAAGAAGUCUUACGAUCUGACGAGGACGGCUGAUCCUGAACAAAACCCGGACUUUCGUGAAUGGCUGUCGAGAGAGGCAAUGACACUCGAUACGAUGUUCGUGUAUCAGUUUCAGGCCAAGCCCCUCAUCCAGUUAGACGAUAUUGACGUAUUGUUGCCAUGUCACGAGGAUGUAUGGGACCGACCAGGCUUAAUUGGACAGAACCAAAGGCGUCUCACAAGUGUUACCUUUAUGGAAGCACUAGAGAUGAUCUACGUGGAAAAGCGACUACCCGUCGAUCUAGGAGAGUUCAGCAUGGGCUUACUUGUUAGUGCCAUCUAUCGCCAUACCCGGGAUGUUGUGGCCCGAGAUCGCAUUCGUCUCAACUCGUGGACACCAACAUCUACGCCACAGCGACGUAGCGAUAUGCCACCACCCAUACAACAAGACUGGUCGCCGACAACGCGAUCUUCCAUCAAAUGGCGUAACAGCGCCUGUGAUAGCUUGGAUGUCCUGCAUUGGCCUGCGAAUAGUAAGGUCGCACGCCACUCGGGCUUCGAGCACCACACUAUCCUCCAGCUGCAUCUAGCUCGCCUGAUCAUACUUGCGCCCACUAGCGCCAUACAGCGGUUCGCAUCGGGAUCUGCAUUCAACGAAGCCGCGCUAGUCGAUGCGGAAGACCGACAGUCAUUCGCAACGGCACGAAUUCAGGUCCUACAAUGGCAAGCCCACGAUCACGGUAGUACCAUAACUGGCAACGGCCAGGUUCUCGUAUUCUUCGGCACAAUAGACGCCGGAGCCUCACGGCGCUUCUCCAUCGGGGGCCUUAGUGAAGGAUCCACGCUACCGGUAGAGUGGUCACGCCCCACACGCGUCUUCCUGGAAAAUGCCGCGUCUAGGAACAUCUCCACCGGAGUUUGGCCUUCGCAGGAUCAGGCCAAGCCUGACAUGCACCCCAUGGGGUAG